CGUGAGUGCAUGUCAACAUGGCGUUCGAAGACAGGCCGUCCGAGAUCCGUGUCCCCGGUUCCUAUCAAAACCAAUACACCUGUACAACAAUUCAAUAUAGAUCGAUAAAAACAUCCAAUUCGCCGCCGCCAUACUGCUACGAAGACGUCAAACCAGUGAUAACAAUACCCUUUUCGAUCAACAACAUCCUCCAACCAGAUUUUGGAUUGAACGCAAUUCGCAAGACUAAAUUACAAUUGAGAGGACAAAGAACUGUGUCUAGCGAAGCCAAAGAGGCAAAGAUCGCCGAGCAAAGAAGGCCAGACUCCGCCAGCUCUGUGGUGUCUUCUUCCAGCGGUUCAACGAGUACAGACACGAACAGCCAGUCUGGAAGCGGUACUCUUUGGCCGGCAUGGGUCUACUGCACGAGAUAUAGUGAUCGACCAAGUUCAGGUCCCAGGAGUAGAAGGAUGAAGAAGAGAAUUACGCCGGAAGAGAAGAGGCCGAGGACUGCAUUCAGCGCUGCUCAGCUGCAGAGAUUAAAGCAUGAGUUCGCUGAAAACCGGUACCUGACUGAGCGCCGACGCCAGGCGCUGGCUGCUGAACUGGGCUUGGCGGAGGCUCAGAUCAAGAUCUGGUUCCAGAACAAACGAGCAAAGAUCAAAAAGGCUACUGGUCAUCGGAACCCGUUGGCUAUGCAGCUUAUGGCCCAGGGGCUGUACAACCACAGCACCGCUAAUGAAAGCGAUGAUGAUGAAGAAAUUAGUGUUACGUAAAUGAUGACCAUAUUCUUCUGGUCAGUUAGUUAAUCUUUACUGUAUAUAUUUAUGCAUUGCACUGAACGCCGGUCUGAACACAGUAGGUUGAUCAUGGAAGAAUGACCUCUGACGGGCAGAACUUUUGACGAACUUGUAACGGUGAAAAUUAUUGAAGAGGUAUUCUUGUUGUCGAAGCCAUGGAAGCAUGAUCACGGUAGGGCGAUGACAGAACAUUUUUUGAUAGAAGUAAUUGAAGAUCUGUUCUUGCUGUCGUACCCAUGGAAAUUGACCAGGAAAGUAUGGCAGAAGAUUUGUCUGAACGGUCUUGCAGUCGAAUAACACUUGGGUUAAUAGUUUCCUCGUGUGGCUUAGUGGAAAUCCAGCUAAUCUGGAUUAGAGAAGAUUCUGUAGUCAAUUUAGAUUUCUUGUUCGGAAUGUUUAGUAACAGUUCCUGUUAAUUGAUUCCAACAUGCGCUGGUGUCACUUGAGAAAUGCUGAACUUAUAGGCCGCUACUAUUCCUGGGAAUGCGUUUAAGAAGUAUUUUUUAAUGUGUGACUAUAGAUUUAAUUCUCUUGAAAGGCCAUUUUAGAGUCCGUAUGACCUUUUAAGUAAAGCACUUAAUGUUGUCAAUAGUUUAGUUAAAACAUAAGUGUUUAUGUAUAGCGGUUAAGUGAUUAGAUAAUUGUAUAUAGUUUUAGGAAAUUCCUAUAUUUAAUUAGCGUCGUAUAUAAGAAUUAGCACAUAAUAAAUCCCGUAAGUUUCAGGCCUUUUAUGAUUUGGUACGCUCUGCCCUGAUACAUAGCCCCUACAUAGUGUAUUGAAAACUAAAUUAGUUCUAAUAAUUUCACAUUGUGAGGGUAGGACCUGACAAAUUACCCUAUAUUCUGAAUUACUGAUUUUUUUAUGACAUUAACACCAUACUAUAAAGAGCAUUAGAAACGAAAUUUGUUGUAAUAAUUUUACCGUCCUACCUUCACAAAGUACCCUCAGUUCUGUAUUUUAUAUUACGUCCUUCAUAAUUUUAUCAUUAACCCCUCAAUAUUUUAAAUUAAAUAAAGUUUAAAUUGGUUAAAUUGCCUAUUUUUGAACUACCCUCUUCAUUAAUUUUUGUACCUAAUAUUAGAGUAGUACAUUAGUAAGUUAUCGGUAAGAGUAUUCAAAUAUAUUUAAUUCAAAUUCAUUAAUAAUACAGUAUUAAUUUCGGACUACCCUCGAUAAAUUUUGAAAUAUUAAAGUGAUCACUAAAACAGCUGAUAUGAUUGCUGAUUAAAUACUAAUCGUUAAGAGUAUCCUUUCGACUUUUCUGACAAUUAACACUGAAAAUAUAUGUAACGUUUGUGUAUCCGUUAGUUAAAUAUGGGAAUUGUAAAUGAUGCGAUAUCAUAACCAAUUUAUUGUAAUUUUAAAUAAAUUAUUUCGUGUAUAGAAUUUGUAUCUUCCAUUUUAUUUGUACAUUU